AUGCCCAAGAGGAAGGUCAGCUUGAAGGCAGAUGAGGAGCCCAAGCGCAGAUCAGCAACGGCCAAACCUGCCUCUGCCGAAGGGAAAUCCAAGCCGAAGAAGGCCACCGGAAAGGAUAAAUGUUCAGUCAAAAAGGGCAGACAAAAGGAAAAGGGCAAACAGGGAGAGCAGGCCGAAGCAGCCAAGCAGGAGACUAAAGACCUGCCCACAGAAGGUGGAGAGACGGGAACCGAGAGCCCUGCCUCUGAUGAAGAGGACCAAGUCCUACUGAUGCACACAGUGUCCAUUGGUCUAACUUGCAGCCCUUCUUAUACAACCCAGAGGAAUAUUUUUAUCAGCUAUUUUGCUCUGACAGAACUCGGCAGCCACAGCGUCCAGCUCAGUUUCUGUGACCUCCUCUCUCUGAGACAAGAACGAGUCUUUGUCAGUUCCGAGGCCCUCCCUACCCAGCUGCAACGCAGGGGUAACCAUGCUCAGUCAUCCAUAGAUUCUUCGGGAGGUUGUGACUACCAACAAAGAAGGAGUCUGAAAAAGAUUGAAGGGGCAAACCAUUUUAUAAGAGGAAAAUGGAAUGCGGACCAAGACCUGGCAGAAACUAGAGCCCAACAAUCACAAGGACACUGGCCUUUCAUUGGACUCCUACAAUAA